UGACCCAUGAAGAGGAGGAGGAGGAGUGUAAUAGGUGGAGGAAACAAGAGGGGGAAAAAACGGGUAGCAGCAGAGUACAGGAGGACAUCCCGUCAAUGAUAAACACUCCCAUGGAUGCGGCCAACUUCGGACUACCUGAAAGACUCGAAACUAAAAUGUUUUUACUUAUUUAGCGUUUGUUUUUCUGCUCCUUGUGCACGAAGCAGCCGGCUGAGGGAGGAGAUGCGGUGAUAUCAUGAGCAAAGCCGGCCAGCGAGAAAGAAAGGAAAGACAGAGAAGAAGAAGAGAGGGGGAGGGAGAGGGAGAGGGAGGGAGGAAGAGGGAGCAGGGGAAGAGGAGAGGCGGGGAGUCGGCUACCACCAGGCCAGCUGAGGAUGCUUGUUGUUUCUAGAAGCGGGAUUAAUCACAGGGCUGAGCGCUGAUCCUUCCCCCGGCGCACCGAGCGCACCUCUCCACGCUCCAGCUGUCCCGAGCCAGCACGCCUUUCGGCCGUCUGGCCCGGUCUGCCCCCGAGGCUGUUUGCCUUUUUGAUGCUCUUCCCUCUCUUCCUCUAUUUCCUGAUGCAGGGCCGGGGAGGGGGCGAGCCAAAGUGUGCACCGGAUAUUGGAAAACCCAUUCUUCUUGCUGAUGCUGUUUGUGAUAAUAGAUUGUUAUCUGGACAACGCCGCAUCUACACAGAAAGGCAGAUUGUGACCAAAUGAGGCCCGACUUGACAGGAAGAGGGGAAUGUAUGGGCUCGGGAGGAUUAUGAAAACAUUUUUUUUGGACGGCAACAGAAGAACGGGGGUCCCUGAUAUCGAUCAGGGCAUUCUGGCUUCGGAUAUUUGAGACUGCUCUUACAGAAAUCAAUCUGUGGCAAAUGUAGCCUUCCUGUCCAGGUCUGAAUGAGAUUUUUCGUUACUGCUGUACUCUUGGCCAGCUGCAUAAGCUAUAUAGGAUCAAUCAGCUUUAAACUACAGUUAUUUAUAGCAGGGGGUGGGUUUCAUGUGACUGUUCGCACCUCUGUGGACGUCUCCCAUCUCUGGUACCGGCUAAACCUCACACGUCCUCAUCUCUGAUCUUUUCCUACCUUUCCUCUGAAUAAUGCCGCUUCCUGUGCUUUGGUAACACUGACUUGAAAGACUCUGGAUUUACAGAGUGGAAACAGGACCGGUUCUCACUCCUGACCGCAUGACAAACAAUUGCAUGGGAGUAGCCUGCAAGGCCCGGCUUUAGAUCACGACCAGUCCGCACCUCCUCUCUUUUCCUUUCCUCCUCUCUGCACCGCCGUAUAGCCGCCUGUAAUGUGCGUUACGGCAUUACGCACGGAGCAGGAGCGAGCGCUAUCUUGAUUUGCCUUAUAUCUGGAAUAGAAUUUCAUCUCGGGAAGGAUGAGCAGCAAAGAGCUGACGGUGGGCCAGUCCAAUCAGUUUGUGGGGCCUUACCGGCUGGAGAAGACCCUCGGGAAGGGACAGACAGGACUUGUGAAGUUGGGUGUCCACUGUAUAACAGGGCAGAAGGUGGCCAUAAAGAUCGUCAACAGAGAGAAGCUCUCCGAAUCGGUCCUAAUGAAGGUGGAGAGAGAAAUAGCUAUUCUUAAACUAAUAGAGCACCCUCAUGUUCUGAAGCUGCAUGAUGUCUAUGAAAAUAACAAAUACCUGUACCUUGUGUUGGAGCAUGUAUCUGGUGGAGAGUUAUUUGAUUACCUGGUGAAGAAGGGUAGGCUCACCCCCAAAGAGGCCAGGAAGUUCUUCAGACAAAUCAUCUCUGCCCUCGACUUCUGCCAUAGUCACUCCAUAUGUCACAGAGACCUUAAGCCAGAGAAUCUCCUCCUGGAUGAGAAGAACAACAUCAGGAUAGCAGACUUUGGCAUGGCCUCGCUACAAGUUGGGGAUAGUCUGCUGGAAACCAGCUGUGGAUCUCCCCAUUAUGCUUGCCCAGAGGUCAUAAGGGGUGAGAAGUACGAUGGUCGUAGGGCGGAUGUUUGGAGUUGUGGAGUCAUUCUGUUUGCUCUCCUCGUGGGUGCCUUGCCUUUUGAUCAUGACAACCUGCGGCAGCUUCUAGAGAAAGUGAAAAGUGGAGUAUUCCACAUGCCACACUUUAUACCUCCUGACUGCCAAGCUUUGCUCAAAGGAAUGAUAGAAGUCAACUCUGACAAGAGACUAACGCUUGAAGCAAUACAGAAACACCCCUGGUACCUCGGCGGUCGGAACGAGCCCUGUCCAGAGCAGCCUCCCCCUCGCCGAGUGUGUAUGAAGAGGAUCCUGUCCUUAACCGAGCUUGACCCUGAUGUCCUGGAAAGCAUGUACUCCCUAGGGUGCUUCAGAGAUCGGGUUAAACUCACACAGGACCUUACAAGUGAGGAGGAGAACCAGGAAAAGAUGAUCUACUACCUCCUGUUGGACAGGAAAGAGCGAUACCCCAGCUGUGAGGACGAGGAUCUGCCACCAAGAAAUGACAUAGACCCACCCAGGAAGCGUGUUGACUCCCCCAUGCUGAAUCGUUAUGGCCGCAGUCGUCCGGAGAGGAAGAGUUUAGAGGUCCUCAGUGUCACAGAACAGGUUUCUCCCACCCCGCCUCGCAGGGCCCUGGACACUAAUGCAUACAGCCAGAGGUCUCGUUCAGUCAGUGGGGCCUCCACAGGUCUGUCCUCCAGUCCUCUUAGCAGUCCCAGGAGUCCGGUCUUCACUUUCAGCCAAUCAGAAGUCACCUCCACCGCUUCCUCCUCCAAAGACCCCAAACCAGGAAGUGCCACCACCCCUCGACCUACCCGCCCGGCGCCCGACCCAAAAACCCAGACCUUGCCCUCAAAAGGCCCCGCAGAACGGCCCCAGCUUCACACCAUGAAGUCCCUCCCACUCCAGACACCACGCUCCCCUUCCCCUUCGCCCUCCCCUAUACUGUCCCCCAUUCCACGCUUCUUCAACUUCCCGUCACCAUCUGUCUUCAAGUCCAAGAACGUCCACUCGUCCUCUAACUCCUCUGCCACCCCUCCCCCUGUGUCGCAGGUCACACCGCAGGGCUCGCCGCUGCCCACCCCGCUGGGCACGCCUGUGCACCAACUCCAACACCCUUCCUCCACCACCCCUCCCUCCUCUUCCUCCUCGUCUUCUUCCUCCAGAGCGGACGGAGCCGGAGGGGCCUCGCUGUCGCUGACCCCGCCCUAGCCCGGGGGCAGUGGUGGGAUGGCCGCCUCGGGCUCUGCUCACUGGAGAUCCAGGCUCAACUCAUUCAAGAACAACCUUCUGGGCUCUCCGCGCUUCCACAGGCGCAAACUCCAAGUUCCUACAUCAGAGGAUAUGUCCAGUUUAACUCCAGAGUCCAGCCCAGAGCUAGUGAAGCGGUCCUGGUUUGGUAACUUCAUCACGCUGGAGAAAGAGGAGCAGAUCUUUGUCUUGAUCAGAGACAAGCCGCUCAGCUCUAUCAAGGCUGACAUCGUCCAAGCUUUUCUCUCCAUCCCAUCCCUCUGCCACAGUGUGGUGUCUCAGAAUAGUUUCCGGGCAGAAUACAAGUCCUCUGGUGGUCCUUCUGUCUUCCAGAAACCUGUCAAGUUCCAAGUGGACAUUGCUUUCUCUGAGGGAGAGAGGGAGCGAGAGAGGGAACGAGCAGAGAGAGAAGGGAGACGAGAGCUGGGCAUUUACAGCGUGACCUUCACUUUAAUAUCAGGUCCGAGCCGCAGAUUCAAAAGGGUAGUGGAAACCAUUCAAGCUCAGUUACUGAGUACUCAUGAUCAGCCUUCUGUGCAGGCAUUGGUUGAUGAGAAGAACGAUCAGCUUUCCCGCCAGCCCAGCACUCCUACACGUCAGAACUCCAGGAGAUCUGAAAGCGGAUCGGAGCGGGGAGAGGGGGAGCAUGCGGCAGAUGGGGGGAGCAGUAGCGGAAGCAGCAGCGGAGCCGUCUUACAAAGACGAGGGUCGGGAAAAGACAAGGCCAGACUCUCGCCGUCCAACGGGACACAGGCUCACCCUUGAAAAGAAUGUUGUGGAAGAGAAGUGAGGGCCCUACGAAGGGCCCUUUUCUCUUCCUCUCUUUAGUCCUUUCCACAUUCUUUCCUUUCCUAUUUCCUUACUUCCUGCCUUGCUUCAUACUUUUAGUCCUAAGCAAUGGGAUGGAAAAAGGGAGAAGAUUUUCCUUGAAGCUGAUCUAGGG